AUGGCGAGCCAUGGCCCCUGGGCGCCCUGCCCUGCACCCUUCUUGCUGCUGCUGCUUCUGCCACCGCCACCACUGCUGCCUGGUGCUGGGAGCUUUGGCCACCGAGGCCAUGGUUCCAAAAGCGUGAGACACAGGUGGCGCCAGGGGACAGGUGAGCAGAUCUCCUGCGGGGGCGGCUUCGAUCUCUACCUCAUCUUGGACAAGUCGGGCAGCGUGAACAAUGACUGGAUGUACGUUUUCACCUUUGCAGAGGAUAUAGUGAAGAACGUCAUAAACCCAAAGCUGCGGAUAUCCUUCAUCAUCUAUGCCACCUAUGGCACCACCAUCAUGAAGCUUUCUUCAGACAUAAACACUAUAGAAGACGGUCUUAACAAACUCCGUAACGUACGUCCGCAAGGAGCCACAUACAUGCAAGAAGGAUUUAAACGGGCGAUUGAGCAGAUGGAGGUAUCGAACGCCGGAGGCGUCAAGGUCCCCACGGUAAUCAUUGCUAUGACAGAUGGAACGCUGGAACCGAAACCUCUUAAAGAGACUGUGGAACUGGCUAACAAGGUUCGGAGCAUGGGGGUGACUGUUUACUGCGUGGGUGUAAAAGAAUAUUUGCAAGAACAGCUGGACGUGAUUGCAGACUCCAAGGAGCAUGCCAUCGGGGUGACAGGGGGAUUCCCAGCCCUGGGAAGUGUCACUGGAGAAGUAACUUUCGAAAAGGAGCUGUAUUCAAAUUGUAUCUCUGGAGCCUCCCAGUAUCUGUGCAGGAGGACUGUCUUUGUUGAAGUCAGCCUGAACAAUGGGCUCAACUUCCUCUCCAAUGACCUCAGCAUCACUAGCACCAAGUGUGGCCAUGGCUUCUUCCCUGGCUUCCCCAACAUCCCCUUACUCCCGGUGCUGGUGCCGUCCCUGCUGAUGCUCCCGGUGCUGCUGUGGUGUGCCUGGCGUCUGUGCCGCAAGCCAGCUGUCAAGGAACCACCACCAUUGCCACCAUCACAGCCAAUACAGUCUCCACCACCAAAAAAGGAAGAACCAGAAAAGGAGGAGACAAUGCCCCCGACGAAAUGUCCCACAUUGGUGUUCCCUUGUUGUGGAUGCCCAGGAGUUGAGGAGAUGAAACGGAUGCAGUGCAAACUGGAUGCCCUGUACACCCUUGUGAACCAGAGCUGCAUCCAGUUGUCUCCUUGUGAUGACAGGCAGGAUGAUGCUCACAGCACCCCACAUGACUGGAUGUUGCUGGUGCAGUUCCUUUAUGGUAUGGUCUCCAAAGGGUUCCCCAUGCCCCUGCCUGACCCUGUGGUUCUCCUGGUGCUACCCCAGCAGGGGAGGUGCAUCAGCUUCGCAGGUGGAGUGAAGUGCCAGUGCAUGCAGAUGGGGAAGUGCGAGGCCCUCACCUGCUGUCCAAGGUGCCAGCACCCCCCACGGGUGCACUCACAGCCUCCCUGCAGGAUGCUGCCACUGGUCCGUUUCCGCACCCGUUCUCUCUCAGGGCCUCCUCUGGCACUCCCACCCUCAGUUGCCCCAACUCUGAAACACUAA